CACGCCGCCAAUAGCGUCCGGGGGCGAAGCGCGCGGGCCCCGAGGCACGCUGGGAGUUGUAGUUCUCGGCGAGCUCUGAGCUGCGCUGGGCAGCGGGAGCUGCGACUACAGCCCCCAGGCGGCCGCGCGCGGCAGGCUCGCCCCGCCCCUCCGCGGUACCUCAGAGCAGCGCUGCCGCCGCUCCAGUCGCGCUGUAGAGGUGACCUCGAGGCUGACGGACCCGCCGCUCCUCUCAGCCAUGGGUGAACCUGUCAGAGUCCUGGUGACUGGAGCUGCUGGGCAGAUUGCUUACUCGCUGCUCUACAGCAUUGCCAAGGGAGAUGUCUUUGGCAAAGACCAGCCUCUCAUUCUUGUACUGCUGGAUAUCACCCCCAUGAUGACUGUAUUGGAAGGUGUAGUGAUGGAGUUGCAGGACUGUGCUCUACCACUGCUGAGAGAGGUCAUUCCAACAGACAAGGAGGAAGUUGCCUUCAAAGACCUUGACAUAGCAAUUCUGGUUGGCUCCAUGCCAAGGAGGGAGGGCAUGGAGAGGAAGGACUUACUCAAAGCAAAUGUCAAAAUUUUCAAGUCUCAGGGUGCAGCCUUGGACAAGUAUGCCAAAAAGACUGUCAAGGUUGUGGUAGUUGGGAAUCCAGCAAAUACUAACUGCCUGAUUGCAUCAAAGUCAGCCCCAUCAAUACCAAAGGAAAACUUCAGCUGCUUAACUCGUUUGGAUCACAACAGAGCUAAAUCUCAGAUUGCUUUGAAACUUGGUGUGACUGCUAAUGAUGUGAAGAAUGUCAUCAUCUGGGGCAACCACUCCUCCACUCAAUAUCCAGAUGUUAACCAUGCAAAGGUAAACAUUAAAGGAAAGGAAGUUGGAAUUUAUGAAGCUAUAAAAGAUGACAGCUGGCUGAAGGGAGACUUUAUCCUGACUGUUCAGCAACGUGGAGCAGCCGUUAUUAAGGCUAGGAAGCUAUCCAGUGCGAUGUCAGCUGCCAAAGCUAUCUGUGAUCAUGUGAGGGACAUCUGGUUUGGCACUCCAGCGGGGGAAUUUGUUUCCAUGGGAGUAAUUUCUGAUGGCAAUUCUUAUGGUGUUCCUGAAGACUUGCUAUAUUCAUUCCCUGUUGUGAUCAAGGACAAGAUGUGGAAGUUUGUUGAGGGUCUUCCUAUUAAUGAUUUUUCUCGUGAGAAGAUGGAGCUGACUGCAAAAGAGUUAACUGAAGAGAAGGAGACUGCUGUGGAAUUCCUCUCCAGUGCAUGACUAGAUGAUGGAGAAAUACAAAAUAAUUUAAGAGUGGAAGAAUCUAAAAGUCGUCUCUAAGUCUGUUAUCAAACACCGUUGCUAUGUUCAAGUCAACCAUUUGUGGCAAUUGUGCAUUUUAAAGUACAUAUGCUUACUGGUACUGUUGUGCCUAUUUAGUUAUUAGCAAAAAGAUUGUUGAAGAAGUAAAACUAGUUUGUUGACCAAAUUUGUUCUGUUCAAUACUAGCUGCUUUCUGUUUAUGAUACAGGAUAAUUAUUUGUCUCAGCCUUGGCUACUAACGCACAAUCUCAUUUUUUAUUAGAAUUUGGCACUAUUGGCGCACGUCCUAGUCUGUGACCACUUCAUCAUCCUGUGGCUUAAAUCAGAAUGAAAUUAGAAUGCCAAUAGUUCUUGCACCCACUGUUCAGUGACUCAAGUCAAUCACUGGGCAGACUCCAAGUAUAUACUGUUCACUCUGGUUAUGCUUACAAUGUUUGUCAAUAGAAAUAUUAAAAUGUUUAAUCACAA